AUGUUAUUACUGAUAGCUGUAAUAUUGAAUGAUAGUAAAAAUAUAGGAGCGGUAAUAGUUCCUUAUUUUCGUCACCAACGUCAUCCAUUCAGGGAAGUAUUACGGCAGCCUUUAUUAAUUGUACCAGUUGCUGAUAGGGAUCGUUACCUAUCUGGAACAAUGCUAAUGACACAGAAACGAUCGCAACCAGAUAAUGAUUUCGAUUAUGCAGAUGAUUUCGAUCCAACGCAAAUAUUCCUUUGA